CUGCGCCUGAAUGCAUCACUAAUCAGAAUAGCUCUUGUGUGCGUGGAUCGCCGGUGAUGUCUCAUCAGCUGACACUCGCUUUUAUGAGGAAAUCCCCGGGUGUUAUGAUGGUCCGCGCGGAGCUGGAAGGGUGACCGUCCGUGUGCUCGUGUCUUUACGUCGCGCGUGUAGUUUUUAGGCUUUUUGACUUCUUUCCCCAAAGGUGGAUUUGGGAGCUCGGACAGUAAGUCGCGGGACCAUGACAGUGGUGUGUUUCAAUUUUGCGCUAGAAUAGCGAUACAAAUGCGACAGAGGCUGCGCUUCUGCCCCCUCACAAAGGCGACGUUUUUCCACGGACGAGAAGAAAACGGAGAAGACCGAAUAUGUUCCCAACUUCCCGCGCCCUGUUCAUCCUGCUCGACAUUUCCUGCCUCAUUCUCGUUGGGCUCCCCUUUUUUAUUCUAAACAUUCAACGCAACCCGUAUAAACGGGGUUUCUUCUGCAACGAUGAGUCCAUCAGAUACCCCCUUAAGGAGGACACCAUACCUGACGUGCUGCUGGGGGGAGUCAUGAUCCCCUUCACCAUCAUUGUAGUUGUGUGUGGGGAAUUCCUUUCCGUCUAUCUGCCUCUGGCGAGGAACCAGUCUUUCGGGAGGAACUAUAUGUCGUGUGUGUACAAAGCUGUUGGAAGCUAUUUGUUUGGCGCGGCUGCUAAUCAGUCUCUGACUGACAUCGCUAAGUACACCAUCGGCCGUCUGCGGCCAAACUUCCUGGCAGUUUGCAAACCGCAGUGGGACCGCAUCAACUGCAAAACAGGUGGAUACGUAGAGAACUUCACCUGCACCGGAGACCCCUUCCUGGUGAAGGAGUCGAGACUCUCCUUUUACUCCGGUCACUCGUCCUUCUCUAUGUACUGCAUGAUCUUCCUUGUGUUCUACGCACAAGCCAGGUUAAAGGCCCGGUGGGCGAGGCUGUUCCGGCCCACUCUGCAGUUUUUCUUGGUUGCCACGGCAGUGUAUGUGGGCCUGUCCAGAGUGUCUGACUACAAGCACCAUUGGAGUGAUGUACUCAUGGGUCUCCUGCUGGGAGGAUCUGUUGGUAUUUUUACUGUGUUCUGUGUCUCUAACUUCUUUUCGCAGCCAAUAGAACCAGCAGUAGCACAGGGGGAAGAUCCCCAACGCAACAGCCUACAGGACCACUCUUCCAACGGGAACCACUAUGGCACCGCUGACUAAAAAAAAAAAAAAAAAAAAAGAAAACCCUCACCAACUGUAAUCUUGCAGAAAUCUCCAUUCUAUGUUAUGGUAAAAAGAGGGUGUGAAACACAAGUGAACUGCAAGCCUUACAUAUGAACUGCUGCCAGUGAGAAUGCAUGUGUUGAACCCAGAUUGGCUGCAGGCUUCAGCCUUUAGCUGCUGAUUUGUGCUGCUAGACGCAGCACGCUCUUAAUCAAAAUAUAGAGAAUAAGAAACUUGUGCAGAAUUGGGUUGAUAUCACAGAUUACAGUUUACACAGGCAAAUAUCACCGAUCAUUUUUAAUUUUUUGGUUAAGGUUAUUUUACUGGCUUCAGAUGUUUUUUUUAUUGUGAAUGAGUUUGGCUUCGAUUUGAUGGCAGGCUUGUAGAGUUUUGAUGAUACCUGUGAAUAAUGUCACUCAUGACAUAAGUCAGAGGUUGAACUGAGGAAAAAAAACAUUUAAAAUGCAUUUUAUAAACAGACUUUGCCUUAGAUUUAUGUUGAUGCCUGCUCUUAUUUUCCGUUUGUGAUGUAAUUUUCUUUGUUUGUUUUAAGCUACUUGUUUUUUCAUCUGUACAGAAAACUGAAAUUGUUCCACAACACAAAGAAAAUAAAGAGACUGCCCACUUUGUUACUUUGAUACAAAGAAAUUGUGUUGAUGUGUUCAAAACAAAGGUGAAUCAUGACUCAGGAAGAUGAACCAGGAACUCGAGGAGCAUUGAAGAAAAACCAGAACAACAAGGAUGUCAGGAGAAUUUUUUUUGUUUGCUUGAGAAAAAGUCGUCACUCCUUGUUUAUGUGCAUCCAGAAUAGUUUGAUUAAAAAAAUAGAAGUAUCAAUCAAAUUAAUUGUCCUCAUGAGUUUUUAUGGAAGAAAUAAUAAUUUUUUAGUCAUUUUUGUAGGAUAUAAAUGAUGGCACAAAAACAUUUGUUCCACUCAUAGUUGGUAGUUGGGUGAAGCCAUUUAUUGUAAAAAAAAAAAAA